AUGUCCGCCUCGUCUUCACCCUCGCUCCCGCCGGCAAAGCGCGCUCGGUCGAAGUCGCCCGUCCACGAAGAAGCAGAUGCCGGGCCAGCUGGUCUCGUCUCUCAGGCCGGCGACGCUGCCGCUGCUGGUCCGUCCACCAAUGCCAACGGCUCCGCGCGCGCAAAGGACGAUGGCGGAGCCGACAAGCAGCACCGGAAGGAAGAGGCUAGGCGCGCUCGCAACAAGCGGAAAGACUAUCAGAGGACCCUCUCAAAGAGCGGAAGGGAGCCGAUCGAGUUUGACAUUGAAGAGCUCCUUGGCCGCCGGAAGGUGACCGACAUCCUGUCAGAGGGCCGCGAAUUUGAGAGCAAGUUCCCGCGCGACCAGGAGGUCGAGCUGGUCAUUGAGCGGCUCAACUCGCACGGAGACGGUCUGGCCAAGAACGUGGACGGAGACUGGGUCAUCGCCGUGCCGAACACGCUGCCGGGAGAGCGAGUCGUGGCGCAGGUCACAUCCAACGAGCGGAUGUGGUCGCGGGCAAAGCUGGUAAAGAUCAUCGAGGGCAACUCGGAAAAGCGCCGGGAUGACCUGGUCGGCUGCAAGUACUUUGGGAGCUGCGGAGGCUGCCAGUACCAGAUGCUGACGUACGAGGAGCAGCUGCGCAUCAAGCAAGGGGUGGUGGAGCGGGCGUUCAAGCACUACUCUGAGCUCGACCCGAGCCUGGUCCCCGAGGUGCUGCCGACCAUGCCGUCGCCCAAGCAGUACAACUACCGAACCAAGCUGACGCCGCACUUCAACCUCCCCUUCGAGCUGCGCCGCGGGAGGCAUGGGCGGCACGGCGACGGCGUCAACGCCAAGGCGGCCGACCAGAAGUUUGACUUCCCGAUCGGCUUCGACUCGAUCGGCACCAAGCGGGUGAUGGACAUCGAAGAGUGCCCAAUCGCCACGGUCACCAUCAACCGAGCUCUGCCGGUUGAAAAGCAGAGGGUCAAGGAUACCAUCCACACGUACAAGAACGGCGCCACGAUUCUCUUGAGGGACUCGCUGAAGUCCUAUGAAUCAGUCGCCGAGGACACGCUGGUCCAGCUCGAUGCCGGAGAGGGCAUCGAGCCCGACACCGAGGUCGUCACCAACCACAAGGCCACGGUCAAGGAGCGGGUGUGGAAGACCAAGUUUGAGUCGCCCGCGGGCACCUUCUUCCAGAACAACCGCUCCAUCCUGCCGUCGCUGCUCGACUACGUCCGGGAGCAGAUCGUUGCGAGCCGCAGCCGCAACGGCGAGCCGGCCGAGGCGGUGGCGGCGCAUAGCUACCUGGUCGAUGCCUACUGCGGCUCUGGCCUCUUCAGUCUUUGUCUCGCAUCGCUCUUCAAGGAGGUCUCGGGAGUCGAGAUAAGCUCCGAGUCGAUCAAGUACGCCAAGAAGAAUGCCGACCUCAACGGCAUCGCCAACGCCAAGUUCCUGGCGGGCAACGCCGAGGACAUCUUCGGCCGCAUCGACUACCCGCCGGAGCGGACGACGGUCAUCAUCGACCCUCCGCGACGCGGUUGCGACGAGGCCUUCAUUGAGCAGCUGGUCAAGCUGGGACCCUCGGACAUUGUCUAUGUCUCGUGCAACGUUCACACGCAGGCACGAGACGUGGGGCAGCUGCUGCGCAAGGCGCCCGAGUAUGAAAUCCUGAGCGUUCGCGGGGCGGAUCUCUUCCCACAGACGCAUCACGUCGAGGGCGUCUGCGUGCUUCGAAAGAAGACGGCCGCGUCCGCCUGA